AUGGCUGAACUUGGCCCCUUGAGAAGCCUAACAACUCUCCAUCUUUGUUCUGUGCGUAUUACUAGGGAUGAAGUAGGGUGCUUUCUUUCCAACUCCCCUGCUUUGGAGCAGUUGAAACUUCAUGAUUGCAAGGAGAUGACUUUCCUGAAGAUACCUUGCAUGCUGCAGCGGCUCAGUUGCCUGAGUGUUUGUUCAUGCUGGAUGCUUCAAUUGAUAGAGUGCAAAGCUCCAAAUCUCUCCAGCAUUUACGCUAGUGGAGAAAAUAUAAAACUCUCACUCUCAGAAGCAUUGCGCAUGAAGGACUUGUGCAUGUGCUUUCCCAACGUCAUCGGUUAUGCUCUUGCCGAGCUGCCGUCCAUUAUGCCAAAUCUUGAGACUCUUGAAAUAGGUUCAGAGGAUGAGGUGGUUAAUACACCAAUGCUGCCUGCCAAAUUCAUCCACCUCAAGCACCUGAAUAUUCAAAUUACGGAAUCCGAUGAUUAUUUUCACCUAGCUUCUUUCUUGGAUGCAUCUCCUUCCUUGGAGACUUUGUUCUUGGAUGUAUCUAAGGAUAAGGAAUAUGUGGAUCAUGAAUCAAUUUUUGGAGGUUCCUCACUACAUUUGAGGCAGCUGCCCGAAGACCGCCAUGUCUGCCUCAAACUCAAACGUGUGGAGAUCAUAGGGUUCAAAUCUGCAAAGAGCUUGAUUGAGCUCACACGUUGCAUUGUCAACAAGGCAGUCUCACUUGAACUGCUUGUGUUGGACACCCUUGAUGGUAGUGAUAGGUGUUGUGGUGAAUAUAAGUGUAGGCCCACUAGCAAGACUGUUCUCGAGGAAAAUAAGUGUAGGCCCAUUAGUGAGACUGUUUUCAAGGAAGCCUCUAGAGCGAUCGUGGCUAUAAGAAGGUUUAUUGAGGAUCAAGUCCCGCCUACAGCUAAGCUGAGUGUCCUGGAGCCUUGCGCACGGUGUCAUUCGAGUCAUAAGCUUGCAGUUGGUGAUAUGGUGAUGGAGGGUGGUUGA